AAAAAAUGAAAAUACAGUAUGUUAUAGCAAGAAAUGACACAGAAUUUCCUCAGGGAGCAACAAUUGCGCAAGCAGUGCAUGCCGUAACACUCUGCCACCACGAGCACUUCGACGCAGAAUACCUUAACUACCAUAAAGAAGGAUUUUCAAUGCGAACCGCCGUCCUGCAGAGUAGUAAAGAACAAAUGGAUGAACUAAUAAAAGAACUAAAAAAUAGAGAAAUAAUGCACAGCGUGUGGAUUGAGCAGCCAGAGAAUAUAAUGACUGCAGUCGCCAUCUACCCCUAUGAAAAAGAUCUUCUAAAGGGAAUUCCUGAACUUAGAAAAUUAAAACUUUACUAGCCGCAUCACUACUAAAGCUAUUUCACUAAAAUAAAUAACGGCC